AUGACAGACUCAGGAGUGCCGGCCAGCAGCGAGGGCGGGGGCCCCGAAAAGUCCACCAUUUACGCCUUAAUUAUCUUCAAAUGGGACCCCGAGAAGCCCCUGCUGCUCUCUGCUGCUGUCGACGUUUCUUCUUUUCCUUUCUUCCACAGAUCCACAAUGAAGGAGCACAUCAUCUUCCACUCCAGGGGAGUGA